AUGAAGAAGCUCUUCUUCUUUAGAUCCGGUAAUGGAACUGAUAAACCGGCAGUGAGCGAAAAAGCAGCAGAUAGUAAGAUGAAGUCUGAACAAGAGUUCAAUAGUCCCAAGUCACAGGGUGAAGUUUCUGGUGGUCCGGCUCUUAGACGAAGCCUUUCUUUGUCCUCGGCAGGUUUCCUCUUUGAUAGGUUUGGAGAAACUUCCACGAAUGAUGUAACUAGCUCUGCUAAAAGCCACGAAAGGCAGCGGAAUCAUUCAUCUCGAUGCUUUACUCCAGAAAGACAAGUUAGAGAAAGACUGUGUGAAGCAGAAAAGUUUCAACAUGAUUCAUCUGGGAGUUCUUCGUCUUGUUCUAGUAAUGUCUCUAGUAAAGUUCUGGACCGUUAUAUUGAUGGAGAAGAGCAUUUAGAACGAUGCAAGAAGAAUAGUAGUUCCUCACACAGUGAUGUCUCUGGGAGCAUAAACCGAAGGAGGCUUCCCCCACGUGUUCAAUGGACAGUCCCUACAUCACCAUCAGACACUUUAAAUGAAAAACGAAAGUCCCAGUUAUUUAGAGAAGCUAAAGGCACCCGUCUUCGUUUAUCUUCUACCGAUUGUGUGGAAAAUGGGUUGAGAUCGCCUCGUUCGCUUGCAAGAAAUGUCAUCGAAAGACUCUCUCAGACUCAUGGAAAGUCAAAGGGAUCAAAACAUCAACCCAUCACUAUUCAAGAUGUCUACGGGGGAUCCCUUAAUAGAACGUUUUACUCAAGCUCAGAUGUUCCCGCCAAUGUAUCACUGGCUGAACAUUUCGAACCCGUGAACGAUUUUUAUGUGCAUAACGACGGAGAACACCAGCAAAACUGUUUACAUGGUAAGAACAUGUAUAGGUGUAUGGAAGAGGAAACUGACUCCGAGCUAGACAUGAAAAUCAAAGAAGCUGAGAAGAGAGUGAAAUUGUUUUCUGAAGAAUUGGAACAGCAGAAAUGCCUUUCAGACUGUGACUUUGAUGUUUCAUCUUUGGUUGGGGCAAUUAGAAAACUGGAAGAUGAGAGGGUCAACUUGGCAUUUGAAAAUGUAAGUCUUCUGCGCUCCCAAAUGGUUGAGAGGACUUCUGCGAGGGAAGAAAUUAGACGGGUGAAAUCAGAUUGGGGCUUGCAUAUACAGAGACUAGAAAAGGAGAAGAGCGAGUUACAGGCUGGAUUGGAGAAAGAGCUUGAUAGAAGGUCAGGUGAGUGGACUUCGAAGGUCGAAAAAUUCCAGCUUGAAGAGAAGAAGCUCAGAGAGCGUGUCAGAGAGCUUGCUGAGCAAAAUGUCUCACUCCAUAGAGAACUAUCGGCUUUCCAUGAAAAUGAGACAGAGAAUAAGGACAUGAUAACACAUUUGGAUAGAAGAGUUGCAGAGCUGACCACGACAACAGAUGAAUUGCAUGAAGAGAACUCUUAUCUUAAGCAAACUCUCUCCCAGUUACAAGAGAAUUAUGCAGGUGCUACAGAAGAUAAUGAUUUUUUAAGAAGGAACUUUGAAGAGAAGGAUCAAGAGUGCAGGGAGUUGCAGAAAUCUGUUGCAAAGUUUCUGAGAACCUGCAAAGAACAAGGGAAGACAAUUGAGGGACUACGAGAUAGUGUUUCCGAGGAGAGUAAGAAGCAACCGUCAGAGAAAUUGGAUCGGUUGUUGACGAAAUUGCAGAUGGAGCAAGUUAGGUUGACAGGGGUGGAGCUUUCACUUAGAAGGGAAGUAGAAUCAAUGAAGCUCGAAACUGACACUCUUCGCCAUGAGAAUAUCUGUCUGCUGAAUCGAUUGAAGGAAAAUGGUGAAGAAACAGACAUUACAACCCUUAAGCUAGAGAGUGAGAUGAAGAUGCGUGUCUGCUACUUGCAAGACCAAGGACUGUCGAUGUUAAAUGAGAGCAACCAGCUGUGUUGCAAGUUACUGAAGUUCAUCAAAGGGAAAUUAACUCAGUUUCCUGAAACCUCUCAGAAUACGGAUUCGAUGAAGGAUGGAUUAAGUGAGCAAUUUAUGAUUGAAUCUGAAAUGAAAGUCCAGGGAAUGAGGCGUGGAACUGAAAACCUGAAGAGGAGUUUGCAAACGGUAACCAGUGUGGUGGCUUCAAGUUCAGAAUCAUCUUGCUCAAGUACUUGUAGGCCUAAGGAGCAAAGAAACCAAUCCGUUGAAGAAACCCUGCAAGCCGAAUUGAGAGCUGAGACUCUAAUCACAAGUUUAUUACGGGAGAAACUGUAUUCCAAGGAACAAGAAAUCGAACAAUUGCAAGCAGAAGUAGCAGCAGCAGUACGAGGUAAUGAGAUUCUGAGAUGUGAAGUCCAAAACACUUUAGACAAUCUCUCGGUUAAGAACCACGAAUUGAAGGACCUCAAGCUUCAGAUGUUGAAGAAGGAAGAAAACAUAAACCGGCUCGAAACCAAUCUCCAGGCUGCCGCAAAAGACAUGGCGAGCUUAAAAACAGUAUUACCGAAAGUGUCUGACGAAAGAGACCAGAUAUGGAGAGAGUUGAGACAAUGUUGUGAGAAGAACAUGCUCUUGAACUCAGAGAACCAGACAUUUAAAGGGAUGAUAGAGAAACUGGAGGAGAAAGUAUUAGAGAAAGAAGGAGAGAUCACAAUACUACAUGACACAAUCGGAAACAAGCAUCUCAAUAUCCUUUCAAGUCCUGAUUUUUUGGUAUAA